UGCGCAUGCGCAAUAAUGGCCGCAGCAGCAGACGUCGAGACCGAUGAGACGGUAGAACAAGCGCCCAGCGUCUCGAACGAUUUAGAAGAUGCGACAGAAGUUAGUAUCGAGGCUUUGUCUAAAGACUUCGCUACCCUGUUUUGCGUUGAGACGUCGAGAAAGACUGGCGGUAUGGAGGCUACCACAGACGACAUCUUGGCGCGACUGGAUGAAUAUUACCAGCUUGUAGAAAGGAUUCACCAAGAGUCAGAGGCCGCCUUCGAACAGACAUUGCCUGCACUUCAGGCUCAGUGUGAUGAAUUGACUGCAGUAUUUAGGAGCAUCGACCAGUUGGAGGCAUUUAUUGCUGUUGUUCGGGAGAAUGUAACUGAGCUGGAAAAGAAAGUAGCCUUAGCAGACAAAGAACUCUCUGUAAAUCCCAUAAAACGAGCUUUUCAGAAAGUAGAACUUCCCGCAUUUCUAAAGAGAAGAACGGGCUUUGGAUCGAAAGUACUACAGCAGCCGCAUUCCGACAAGAAAUGGCAGCGACCAGAUAUAUUUCAAACUGAUGAUUAUCUUGGCAAGCCUUCGUGAUGUCAUUGCCUGUCACGUGAUUACAGAGGCGAUAUGUCUCUCAUAUUUAUUUUUGCACAAACUUGCUAUUCUAUUGCUUCUUGGCCGUUGAUGAUGAACUACGUUAAUGUACAUGUAUAAAUUGCAGAGUUCCAAUAUUAAUUAAUUAAUUAUUAAGACUUGCAUUAAUUUCGUUUUGCCGCUUCGUGUAAACUUGAUAUUUGCUCAGGAAAAAGUAAAAUGUGCUUUCGCA